AUGUCGUACGGUCAUUCGUCUUUUGUGCCGCCGCCGCACAUGCAAAACAACAUGUACGCGACACGGCCGUCCUCGUCAUACAAGUCGCCAUGGAUGGAGACGCUCGAGGAGUACUCCUCCAAGGCGGAGGAUAUUAUGGACAUUAUCUCUCAACCAAUCCGUCCGUAUAUCCCGGCUCUGGGCCGCUUCCUGAUUGUGGUGACGUUCCUAGAGGAUGCUCUGCGAAUCACCACACAAUGGAAUGAUCAGAUCACUUUCUUACAUCGCUACCGCGGCAUGCCCUUCUUCAUUGCAGCCCUCUUCCUCAUCAUCAACGUGGUCCUCAUGACGGCGUCGUCGAUCUGUGUUAUUAUUCGCCGCUUCGCAGAAAUUUCUGUGGGCUCGUUGCUCUUCGUGAUUGUGUUCCAAGGUCUUGGGUAUGGCCUAAUCACCGACUUUAACUUUUUCCUCCGCAACCUCUCGGUGGUGGGCGGCCUACUGAUGGUAUUCUCGGACAGCUUGGCACACCAGCGGAAGAACUUGUUUGCUGGGUUGCCAACUAUGAGCGAGACAGACAGGCGUGUCUACUUCCAGCUGGCUGGCCGUGUUCUUUUGAUUGUCUUGUUUAUUGGUUUCGUAUUCCAGGGCGAGUGGGGCUUCUUCCGCGUGGCUGUGUCGAUCCUAGGUCUGGGUGCGUGCAUCAUGGUGGCAGUCGGCUUCAAAGCGCGCUACAGCGCCAUGUUCCUGGUGUUGCUUUUGAGCAUUUUGAACAUUGCCGUGAAUAACUUCUGGACGGUGCACUCGGCGCACCCGCAGCGCGACUUUUUGCGCUACGACUUCUUCCAGACGCUCUCGAUCGUCGGCGGCCUGAUCCUGUUGGUGAGCAUUGGCCCUGGUGGGUUCUCGAUGGACGAGCGCAAGAAGGUCACAUAA